ACACUCCCAGCUUGGUUCCUCUGGUGCAUUUUAAAGAUAAAAGGAUCCAUGAGAGAAACGUUCUCACACACACAGACACACACACUGAGACACCACUGUAGUCGCCUCUGUGCUGAAAAUGAAACAACCCCCAGCAGGAAACACAACAGGAAGGAGUGCGUAAAGUAGCUCUCUAAUCAUCCUGAGAAAGUUCAGUGCGCAGUGAAAGAUGGACUGCAAUGGAGGUGCUGAGAAGAAGACUUACAUGACCACGAUUACCUUGGAGAUGAAGCCGUCGGCAGCAUCUCCAACUCCAAGAUGUGAGACGAGGAGCAAUAAGAACGGGGCAGCACUGAAAGAUGAAGAGAAGACAGAUGUGGGCUCGUGUAAAGCCAUCAAUCCCAAGAGAAGAGCUGGCAGUGGAACAGGUCCUGUGGUUGAGUUUGUGGACUGUGUGGAGAAGGUGCAGGUUCGUGUUGGAGAGACGGCGCGACUUUCCUGCUCCUUCCACUGCUCAGGGCCUACAGCAUCCUGCUGGAUCCACAACAGGAAAAAGGCUGUGGUGGUUGGAGAUCGCACUUGCAUAGAGAGCAGCAACAGUGGCAGUGUCUUGACUAUCUCAGGAGUUCUUCCUUUGGACGUGGGAAACUACACUAUUUUUGUCCAAACUCGACGAGGCCUCGGUCAACAUACAAUUGUUCUCAGCAUUAACGAUCGACCGGAACGCCCCGCUUCGUGUCCAUACGUGUCCCAGCUGACUCCCAGUACUUUAGUUCUGUCCUGGAACGGACCGAGUUACGACGGCGGUUCACAAAUCACAGAUUACGUAGUAGAGAUGAAAAGUUUCGGUCCAGCUGAAUCUGGAGACUGGAGUGUCCUCACUUCCCACUGUAAGGACACAACGUACCAGGUCUGCUCAGGCCUUGACUCACAGGGCGAGUAUCGCUUCCGUGUACGAGCCUGCAAUGCAAUGGGGGUCAGCGACCCCAGCGAAGAGUCGGACUGCAUCAAGAUGGAUACAGCAGCGGACCCACAGGAGGAGCCGCUCCCACAAGUCGAAGUCGUUAUUGACACGGUGCACAAGGUCAAAGAUUGUUACAACAUCCAUGAAAAAUUGGGAGUAGGGAAGUUUGGCCAGGUGUUCCGGCUGACCCAUAAGGAGACGGGUUGCGUGUGUGCUGGAAAGUUCUACCGUGCGGUCGUGUCCAAGGACAAAGAAGCAGCUAGAGAUGAGAUCAAGCUGAUGAAGGAGCUGUUCCAUCCGAAGCUGGUGCAGUGCCUGGGAGCGUUCGACACCCGCUCAGAAAUCGUCUUGAUUAUGGAGUACAUUGCCGGUGGUGAGCUGUUUGAGCGUAUCGUGGAUGAUAAUUUCGAACACACAGAGCCCACCAGCAUGCAGUACAUGCGGCAGAUCCUGGAGGGUGUCCUGUAUCUUCACCGCAAGAACAUCGUUCACCUCGACCUGAAACCUGAGAACAUAGUGUGCCUUAAUGCCACAGGGACGCUCAUAAAGAUCAUCGACUUCGGCCUGGCCAGAAAACUCGAACCUGGAAAGCCUCUUAAGGUGAUGCACGGCACGCCCGAGUUUGUGGCUCCGGAGGUGGUGAGCUACGAGACGGUGGAUCUGGCGACCGACAUGUGGAGCAUCGGGGUGAUCUGCUACAUCCUACUGAGCGGAGAGUCGCCGUUUCAAGGAAGCACAGAUGUGGAGACUCUCGCUCUCGUCACCGCCGCGACCUGGGAGUUCAACCCCGAGUUCGAAGACAUCACUGACGAGGCCAAGGACUUCAUCUGCAAGCUGCUGAAGAAGGAGAAAAGGGAGCGGAUGUCAUGUGAGCAGUCUUUGGCUCAUCUGUGGAUGGACGCGUCCACUGGGAGAGUCACAAAAACCCUGAACAAAGACAAGAUGCGGCGUUUCCUGGCCAGGCAAAGAUGGCAGAAAACCGGUAAAGCCGUGCUGGCGCUGAAGAGGAUGGCACACCUCUCCAACAGAUCGGACGGCUCGGAUUCUCCUUCCGGACACAUCAACGACACUGCUCUGGGGAAGGAAGCUGCAGAGGCUGUUAGAGCUCUGGAGGAGAAGCUGAGGUGUGAGCCGAAUUUCCCACAAGCCCUUCAUGACCUUACAGAGCCCUGCGGCGCUACUGUACAUAUGGCCUGUAUCGUAGAAGGUUAUCCCGACCCGGAAGUGGUGUGGCUGCUGGGCGACAAACCUCUGGAGGAGACGGAGCGAGUCCAAAUGGAGUACAAAGAGGACGGGUUGUGUACGCUCACCCUCACUCGGGUGCAGCCCAGGGAUUCUGGGAUGUACAAGAUCCGAGCCUCUAACCACCUGGGCCAGGCACUGUGUUCGGCGAGGCUCACUGUGGCCAACUAGAGGAGUGGAGCUUUUAAGAAAUAAAAAAAAAACAAGCGGGAACAGUUGUGUAGAGCAUUCGAGUGAGCGACUUGAACUUGAUCUCAGCGGGUCAUGAUUGAGGGACACCUGACCACAGAGGCACUUUGUCGCACGACUCACCGAGCAAGAGAGAUCCUUUCUUCUUCUUCUUAAUAUUUUUAUCACUAUUCUCAUUUUAGGGCACAUCUAUCUUUUGCAUUUGGCAUUAUUAACUGUUCUUUAAACUUCUAUCUAGUGAAGUGUUCACAAUAUGCACUGACCGCUUGAUUUAAUUAGCUGACUACCUGCUGCAGAACGUCCGUCUAUAGACCUUGACAUGCUUUUCUGCUCACUGUGGUUGUAAAGAGUGAUCACUUGGGUUACAGUAGCCUUCCUGUCACCUCUUACCAAAAAGGUGUUUCUACUUGCUCAGGGGUUUGUUUUUCCACAUUAUUCUGUUGUAUAUGAAAGUCCUAGAAGAUCAGCAGCUCCUAGGUGUUAAAGGUGUUCCUGAUCUGUUAAAGUGGUCCGUAAAUGUAUGUACACACGUGAAGCUGUAUUUUAUAUAAACUCAUGACAGUGUAAAGAUUUUUAUUUAAUAAAGAAUUGAAUU